AUGACGACAGCUGCCAUGGAAAAGGCAGUAUGCCUACCCCAACACCUCUUUGAGGACGUCAUCUUCAAGCUCCGUGAAAAAACAGACUUAGAUGUCCCCGAGCAAAACGAAAUACAACUGAAGCUCGAAGGCGUCUUGAAAAGUCACUUUUCUCACAGAUUUGAGCUUGUGAUCGCCGAUCCACCGGCUACUAUCAAUGUUUCCUCUCAUGACGCCAACGCCGUUACUACUACACCCCAGGAUGAUCCAGCCAGCUCUUCUCUGCAGCGAGUCAGCAAUGAGAACCACAAAACAUGUGAGUCUAGUUCUGACGAAGAGGGUGAUAUUUCUCCCACUACUUCCAAGAAAUCUUCGCCCGCAAGCUCUACCGAGGGCUCGCCUCCAGAAUCACCCGAACGACUUUCUUCGGAUCCAGUUACGCGGGACCUCAAUCGCAUGCCCAAAUCUGACCCUUCGAACCACGGCAAUGACGCAUCUGGGCUCGAUGCUUUGUCCAAUCUCACACCUGACAAGACCACUCCAGACUUGAAUGCUAUGACUGAUGCAUCUUCAUCUGAAGUGCCUUCCAUUGCAACCGCCCAGUCAAAGAUAUCGUCGAAUGAUACCCCGAAUUCUCCAGCCAUAGAAGAGUCCAUCGAGCUUCACAUUGCUGACUCAAGUUCUGCAUCGGUUCACACGGAAAUCACCUUGAAUGAUAUCCCAGACUCACCUGGCGCGGAAAUUUUACCUGGGACUCAACCUCUUGAACCCCGUUCUAUUUCACGACCCCAAUCCAGAGCCAGCUCAACACAAAGUUUCGAUGAUCUAUCCUUCGAAGAAAAAUGGAAGAUCUACUGGGACGCCGAAGAUGGGGGCUUCAGCCUGGGCUCUCAGCUCGUAGCAGCAUAUGCCUCCCCUGUCCAAGACGGCAAUCGUACCCGGACCAGCUGUGAUAGCCAUGAAGAUCCCGGAAGAUGGCGUACUGACUCAGAGGGCUUCAUCAACGAAGUUGGUCGAGCAGGUGGCCCACGUCUUACCCCCUUGCCUUUCAAAAACAGCAGAAUGGCACCUAAUGGAGACCCUGCUAAUUCGGUACUCAAAACCUGGGAUUGCAUGCUUUUCUUCACUUCCAUCAUGGCCAAAUACAACAUACAACCGGACAGUAUGCAAAUCUGGUUGCAUGACUGGUAUCAGGACGAUCGUUACCAUGGUUGCCGUACUCUCACGUUCGAAGCCCACCGAGAUAAGGUUGAUAACGCAUGGCCUGAUGCUUGCCGUGAAAUAUUCAAAUUCAUUUCCAAGAAGGCCGGGAUGAAACCCUGGGAGAUUGUCAGUGUGGAAAUCGUUGACCCGGAACUUCGCUUCUUUCCACGGGCAGAGUGGCACCCUAAGUUUCCUGACCUUCCUCUCGACGAUCUGAGCUCCGAACUUCUUGGCGCCAUUGAUAACACAGACAUUAUCAAGACCAAGUGGGUCUACUUGAUCAACGCCCCUGAACAGGAUUCCGAGCUUGCGUUCGCCUUGUGCGUAAACUACAGGAGUGAUCGUGAUUGGCGGAUUCCACGCGAGCAGAUGGUGGCAGUCUUGGACAGGAACAAUUUCCCGCAGGUGGGAAUCUUCAUUACAAAACUCAAGGAUUGGGAGGAUACGCACCAAAUCUUGUUCUGA